AAAUAAAUAUUAUAGAAGAUUUUUUUUUUCUUUAAAAAAAAAAAACACAAAACACUUAUAAAAAAUCAGAAACAAAUUUACUCUUAGUUUUUAUCAGCCCAAUGGCAGAGGAUUUCCAGAUGGGAAAUGGCAACUGGUGGGAAUCAUCAAGAAACGAUUUUCACGGCGAAAUAACACCUGCAGCCUCCGAUCAAUCGUCCAAUGGCCGUGCGUUAGCCAACCAAAUGCUGGGCUUAGGCCUUUCUUCCGAAACCACCGAUUGGAACCAAGCUUUACUGCCAGGUGAAAAAGCCACGAGCGAUUUUCACCAGGAUUUUUCGUUCGAUCAAUCCCAUUUCAUGAGUCGAGCGGGUCCCAACAACAACAGCACCAUAACCGGCUCCCAGAAUCUUUCGACGGGCUUCAUGAGCUUGUUAAUGUCCGAAAAAUUUCAACAGCCGAACGAAAACCAGCCCAUGUUGAAUAACUAUACCUAUCCAAUAACAUCCACUACUACUGGCUAUGGUGUGGCUGACAGCAGCCAAUUGCAGUCCACCAACAUCAACACACCUUUAUGGAGUGGGCCCACGAACGAGCCGCCAGCUGUCAGGCCCGGUGGUCAGUCGUGUUUUUUUCCAACCGAACAGUUUGGUUCGAGCUUAAUGAGGAAGGAUCAAAAUGUGUCAAACAAAAGGUCGAGGAGCGAAACACCUUCAGCGUUGCCGGCUUUUAAAGUGAGAAAAGAAAAGAUGGGAGACAGAAUAACUGCGCUUCAACAAUUGGUCUCUCCUUUUGGAAAGACGGAUACGGCUUCUGUGCUUUCCGAAACUAUCGAAUACAUAAAAUUUCUACACGAACAAAUCGGUGCCUUAAGUAGUCCUUACACCAAAAGUGGAGCUCCCAUACACCACCAGCAGAGUUCAAGUAAGAACAAACUCGAUCCAGAGGGACCUCGUGAAGAUCUAAGAAGUCGCGGGCUAUGCUUAGUUCCGAUUUCCAGCACUUUGCCAGUGACUCAUGAUCAAACAACAGUUGAUUUCUGGGCUCCUACAUUUGGAGGAAGUUUCAGAUGAGUGAGGAUCAAAUUCCAUGUUUUUUUUUGUCACCAUACAAAUUUGAUAGAGAGAAAAGGAGGACUCUAAAAGAAUUAAAUAGCAUAAAAGUGAUCACUUUUUUAACCCAACCAAAUUAUCCGUGAUAGAAAAAAGAUUUGUGCAAGGAAAUGAAAAAAAGAUAGGAGAGCUUUAAUUUGGGACCAAUUGCAUGCAAAUGUUAGUCAUUUAAUAGUUCAAGAAUUAUGAUUAAAGGUUUGCUAUAUAGCUAGGAAUGAGGAUGAAAUAGUUUAGGGAGCAGUUCAUGUUGUUUAAUUUGUACCUGAAUUUAGCUGAGUGAAUGGAUAGAAAAGUAGCCUUUUGGUGGUGUACAAGUAUGUAUUAUUUUUUAGAUCUGCCAUUUGUUCACUUUAGUAUGUUAUAAUAUAUUGUUAUUGCCCCAAUUAAAAAAAAUAUAUAUAUGAAAUGAAAG